AGGCGGACGCCGGCCGCCGCCGGGGGCGCUGCCGCUGCGGCCCACGGGAGCCGGGGCCGGCGCUGAGGCCGGCGUGAGGCGGGAGCCGGGGCCGGGAGGAACCGAGCCCUCGCCGGCCGCCGCGGUCAUGGCCGAGACCGAGGAGCGCAGCCUCGACAACUUUUUCGCCAAGAGGGACAAGAAGAAGAAGAAGGAGCGGAGCAGCCGGGCUGCGGGCGCCGCCGCCGGGGGAGCCGGGGCCGCGGGGGCCGGGGCUGGAGCAGCCUCGGCCGGAGGCGGCGGGCCCGGGGGCGGAGGGGGCGCCCGGCCAGCCGAGGGGGCGGCGGGGGCGGCUGGGGCCGCGGGGCCCGGAGCGGCCGCCAAGACCAAGGAUGAAGAUGAAUGGAAAGAAUUCGAGCAAAAAGAAAUUGAUUACAGUGGGCUCAGAGUUCAAGCGAUGCAGAUAAGUGAAAAGGAAGAAGAUGAUAAUGAGAAGAGAGAAGAUCCAGGGGAUAACUGGGAAGAAGCUGGUGGUGGGGGCAUAGAAAAAUCGUCUGGACCUUGGAAUAAAACAGCUCCUGUUCAAGUACCUGCUCCAAGUAUUGUUACAGAAACCCCAGAACCUGUUAUGACUGGUGGCGUAUACAGGCCUCCUGGUGCCAGGGUGACUUCAACGAGAAAAACACCACAAGGACCACCAGAAAUAUACAGCGAUACACAGUUCCCAUCAUUGCAGUCCACUGCCAAGCAUGUAGAAAGUCGGAAAUACUGAGCCUUCGUAAGGGUUGACUACCUCAGAUUUGCUGCACUCAUUGUGGACACCAUGUGGAUCACAACUUCUGGAUAAGAAGGUUACAGCUAUUAAGUGGCGAUGUGAAACUUGAAACCAGCUCUACUGGAUUCCUAUCAGAAAUCCUGCAAAAGUCAGCGAUUUGGGUUCUGAUCUGCUAUAAAUGACAAAGAUUUAAGUGACCUUAAUUAACCUGUCCUGGGCCCCAUCCUUAAAUACUUUCUCUAGUAGCUGUGGCUAUACAUGAUUUUUCCUGAGACGUACCAGUACCACUCUCAAAGAACUGUGUUCAAAUAAACCCAUACAGAGCUGUCUGGUUUUUUUUUUUAACCCUUUAGCUGUAGCCAUAUUCUGAGGUUACGAGAAACUAAAUUUAACCACACUUUGAUGUACAAAGUGGGAUUGGGGGGGUGGGAUAGGGAUUGAACGGUCCAAUUUCUUUUUUCUUUAGCCAUUUUUAUUUGGAUAGCACAUGUUGUAUUUUCUGCCAACAAGGCCUUCUUUGCUUUGACUUAGAAUCUAAGUUCUUUGAACAGAGCAUAAUGCUUGGUUGAGUAAUUUGAAACAUCUGUUAAAAGAGGGAUUGUGAAAUAAGUUUCAUAACCUGAUUUCCACCCCCAAGGGGCUGGAACUCCAUAGCCUUUAAAGAGCAGUGGAUGCCAAGGCUUGACUUCAGGUGCUGCUAAAGCCUCUAAUCACCAGGUCUUUAACUUGUACAGUAUGUAUUUGACAAGAGUACUGGUAUCUAGCAGGUGGGAUUGUAACCUUUUUUUACUACUAGAGUAGAGGUAUUCAAUCACCUGUGAGUUUAUUUCUAGCAAACUUGUCUUGCUCCUUUUCAACUCGAACCAACAUGAAUAAAUCUUAAACAGAAGCUUGGUGGGUGUGCAAAAGCUUUCCUGAUGUUUCCCAUGUCCUGACCAAUUAUGUGGUGUUUGACAAGACUCUCAGAUGCCAGCCUUUAUCCCCAGCCUUUUCAAGGUCAGGAUGCUUAUUGCUGCAGUGAUUAUCUUGACUAGUUCUGUUGGAUUGUUUCUGCCUGUUCAGUGGUUGGGGGUGGGGGUGGGGGGAGAAAGAAUGGGGCAGAAGACAGGUGACCUAGCACUUCAGUUUUUUUGUAACACUGGGUUAAACAGUCCAGUAACGUGGUCCUUAAGUGGGACCUGACAGGCACCCAAAGUCACUGCCUAUGGUGUGAAAGUUUCAUUCCAUCUAACUUCAGGUUCUGUUUCAUCCUUGUUAGUUUUGUCAUUUUGAUUCAGUACAAAUAUUGCAUAGUGGUAUGUGACCACUGGAUGCACAGAGUCUGGGUUUCUCUCUAUUACAUUUCAAUGCCAAAUUCAGGAGUUGCAGACUUGCCACUGAUGAGAGUGAAGCAAGUAGGUGAGUAAAACAAUCUCCCUGAUGUGAAAGGAAGCAGCAGAUUCCCUCAUAGGGGUUCAGAUGCCGAAAUCCCCUCUGACUCCUGGAAGGGCUCCUGACAGUGUCUCUUGGCAGCCCCUGCCAGUUGCUUCUUGGCAUAGUUGCUGGCAGGCCAGCUCCCUGGCCUCUUAGAGAGGUGUGCCUGGACAAGUUGCUGAGCCCAGAAGGAGCUGGGUGUUCAAAAGAGGAACUGACGACUUCAUUUGGGAACCAAAAACCUUAGUAAAAGAAUUAAGUAGAGGACUUCGAGCCAUCUAUUUUCCCUCAAAAGUAUGCAUCUUUGCCAGCAGUGUCUUGUUGGAUUAUAUUACUGAGGAAUGAACUGAGAUGAUUAUGUGGAAGUGUUAUUUAAUGGCAUAUUGUACUAGAAAUUUGAAGACCUGCAGUAGAUUUUAAAUCCCAACUCUUGUUAUAACAUUUUUAAGAGAUUGUGAAAUUGUCAAAAUGCACAUUAAUCAAGUUUUAAUAUACUGUAUGAUGGGUGGAUGAGACUGUCCAUUGUACCUUAUUUCGUUAUUUGAAUUCUCAGGCAUGGUUUUGGCAGUGCAAGAACCCUGUAACAUUAACAAAUUCAAUAAAAUGGAAAUGUAUAUGGA